AUGGCGGCCUCCUCGGAACGGGCGGCGGCGGCCGAGGCGGAGGGUCGCGUGCGGGCCUGGGCGGAGGCGCAGCGGGCGCGCGGGCGCCGCGUGGCGCUGGUGACGUCCGGCGGGACGCAGGUGCCGCUGGAGGCCCGCGCGGUCCGCUUCCUGGAGAACUUCAGCAGCGGGCGGCGCGGGGCGGCCUCGGCGGAGCGUCUGGCGGCCGCCGGCUACGGGGUCUGCUUCCUGCACCGGGCGCGCUCGGCUUUUCCCUGGGCGCGCGCCCUGCCGCCUCCGGGCCCGGCCCUGCUGGACCUGCUGCGCGUGCACGAGGAGGACGGGGCGGUGCGCGUGCGCGACGGGGCUCUCCCGGCCUUGCUGCCCGCCCUGCGCGCCUACGGCCGGGCCCGGGACGACGGAGCCUUCCUGGCGCUGGAGUUCGCCGGGCUGGCCGAGUACCUGGCCCUGCUGCGCGCCGCCGCCCGCGCCCUCGCCCCGCUCGGUUCCAACGCCAUGUUCUACUUAGCAGCGGCUGUGUCAGAUUUCUACAUCCCCCCUUCAGAGAUGCCUGAACAUAAAAUCCAAUCCUCUGACGGGCCCCUCCAGAUAACCAUGAAGAUGGUACCCAAAAUGCUGUCCCCGCUGGUUAAAGAAUGGGCCCCUGAGGCAUUCGUGAUUUCCUUCAAGUUGGAAACGGAUCCGUCGAUCCUGGUUGAGAAAGCCAGGCAGGCCCUGGCAAAAUACAAUCACCAGGUGGUCAUCGCCAACGCCCUGGAUUCGCGAAGAACCUCGGUGAUCGUGGUCACUAAGGAUUCAGAGACCCCGUUGUCCCUUUUGGAGGAGGAAAUUGCCCGAGGUGUAGAGAUUGAGGAAAAGAUUGUCAGCCACCUGGUAUCCCAACACAGAGCCUUUGUGGAAAAAUAAUUGCCAGUGGAUAAAAGUCAAUUCUUUCUCAAUUAUAAAUUUAAGAACCGCUAGGAGCUGGUGGUGGUGAAGCUGGAGAAACUGGAAAGCUUCUAUUAGCUGUUAACAGAGACCUCUUUAACUGGGGUCAAGGAGGCGAAAUCUGAUUGCACAUCUUCAGACCCGUUUGCUGCUUGUUGGUGGGAAGGUUUAAAGAACAGGAACAUUCCAAGCUGUGACUCGUUCUGGUGUGUGAUUGGUACAAUCACUGGGGUUGGCGUUUUGGUGACCAGGCAGACAAAAACCUCUCUGAUUAUUAUUUUUUCCCUGCUGCCUUGGUAAAAAUCACUCAGGAAAAUUUAAAAAGCGUUCUAGUCAAUUUCUGAAUCUUAUUAUUCCGUCUUGAAUUAUGCCAGUUUGCACAAAAUAAUGAGAGUCUCUAGGCCAGUAUGUGACUUGCUGACUUUGGGCAUCCUAAAAUUAUUAAACUGGUCAAAUAAUAGAUCAAUUGGA